ACAAACACACCACAGCCUCCUUCAGCAGGAGCGGGGGAUCAUAGGCAGAGGAUAAGUGACGGGAGAGCAACAUCAGCACCACUGACAAGCAGCUCCCUCACUGAGGGACGCAGGGAGACAGGAAAGAGAGAAGAGGGCUUCUGAGAUAAGUGGAAGAAUUAAGUUAGUUGGAGAGACGACCAGUGUGGGAGAGUUGGGAGUCAGAGCUGCUUGGGUGGCAGCUGGAAGAUCAGGAGCCUCUUUUUCUCCUUCCUCUCCUUGUCUGUGAGCUCUCUCUGGCUCCUUGCUUCUCCAUUUCCUCCUCCUCCUUCUCUUCAUCUCUUUUGCUCCUUCUUCUCACCCCAACUCUCCUCCCAGCUCCCGCCGUGGGGUCUCAGCUCUCCAUCUCCCUCCCCCCCUCCCUGGCUCCCUACCUCCCCCGGGCGCUGCUUGGAGACUCCGGGCUUCUGCGCCGCAGGAGGAUGUCUCGGAGGGAUUCUCCCCCACUGCCUCCGCCACCUCCACAACUGCUGGGGGGGCACAGGGGAGACUGCGAGGAUCGUCCGGAGCGCACAGAGCCCCUGUCUGAUUCAGAAAGGGAGAUCAUCCAGGACACGUGGGGCCAUGUCUACAAGAACUGUGAAGAUGUGGGAGUGUCUGUGCUCAUCCGGUUUUUUGUCAACUUCCCAUCUGCAAAGCAGUAUUUCAGCCAGUUCCAAGAUAUGGAGGAUCCUGAGGAGAUGGAGCAAAGCAGUCAACUGAGGCAGCAUGCUUGCAGGGUGAUGAACGCCAUCAAUACUGUGGUGGAGAACCUCAAUGACCCAGAGAAGGUCUCUUCAGUGCUGGCUCUGGUGGGAAAGGCCCAUGCCAUCAAACACAAAGUGGAACCCAUAUACUUUAAGAUCCUGAGUGGAGUGAUCCUGGAGGUCCUGUCUGAAGACUUCCCGGAUUUUUUCACAGCUGAGGUGCAGCUGGUGUGGACCAAACUGAUGGGGGCACUGUACUGGCAUGUGACGGGGGCCUACACUGAAGUUGGUUGGCUCCAGGUCUCCAGCUCGGCAGUGUGAAAAAUCAGGAAAGAAGAUGGUAUAAAUUUUGUUGAAGAAAAAAAUAGUUACAUUUGUGAAAGAUUGGGAGUUUAAUUUCACAGACAUGGAUCAGAUUAACGCAGUAAUCCGUUCAACAUUCUUCCACACUUUGGUUGCAUUUUGGUGCUGAGCUUUUGUUGCUAUGCUGCAGAGGUCAGUUGGACACCUAGCGAUGUAACUAGACAUCACCUUACUUUUCUUAGCUUAUGUAAGUGGUGUUUUGGUACAUGCGUUUUAGUGAAAAGGCUGUUGUUUUUAGUACUUACCAUCCAGUUCUUCUACAGGUAAUUCCCGUUGCUUCAGAAUCAUAUGAAUCCUCACUCCGUGUGUCGCAUGAGUGCUUUCUUAUUAAAGAACUGCCACGUGUUUAGGCAAGCAACUGUGAAAGCUUUCCGAUUUCAUUUAUUUCUGUGGUGGUCAAUCUUAGCUGUAUCUCAAGGUCUGUAAAGCUUUAGCUAAGAACAAAUGUAGUUAAACAUGAAAACAGACACAUAACUUAAGAAUGUGAGCAUGUGAGCAAAGGAAGAUCUUUCAUUUUAGGCAGACUUAUCGUCUCAAAGGAAGUUAAAAUUAAAAGGUAAACGGACAUGAUGAUAUUUUGGCAUUGUAAAAUAUCAAUUUUAUAUGUUAUAGUCAACUCUAAAAACAUAAAAGAUGAACAGUCCUUUAAUUCAAUCCUCUUUUUUGGUGACUUGUAACCUUCAACAACACUUGAUGUCUUGUUAUUUAUUCUUGGUAGCAAUGGAAGAGGUAGAUAUGUUGGAUGGGUUGGAUAGAUUUGAUAAGUAUUCUAUCAAUCCACACAAAGUAAACCCACACAUUUUGUACACUAGUCUACGCAACUAUUGCACUCCUGUAUGAUGCUGGAAUCCUUCCUCUGAAUUUACCCUGUUUUCUAAUUUAUGAUGUAAUAGAGGGGUUCCUGAACAUUUCAACCUGCCACCCCCAAAAUAACAGUGACAGGGACUGGUGACCCCCUAAAAAUACAUUUAAUUAUUUCCCUGUAUACAGAGUGAAAUAAUUAAAUGUAUUUUUGAAUGAAUUUAUUUUUUCAAUGACAUUUAAUUAUUUUAAUGUCAUCAUUUAAAAGUGUGUUUAAUGUUUUAACUGAACAUUACUUAACUGUGCAUUUCAGAAUUUUAAUAAUAUAUUUAAUUAUUCAAUAAUGUAUUCAAUAAAUAAAUGGUACAUUUAUUUAUUUCAUUGUACCCUUAUUUAUUUAAUGGGACAUUCACAUUUAUUUCAUUAUAUAUUUAUGUAAUUUUGUCCCCUUUGGCCCUCCAUACCCCUCAGGGGUCAUAUCAUGGUGAUUCUGAAAAUCAUCUGGAGUCUCCUCACUGCUUGUCUUGCGACCCCCACUUUGGGAUCCAAUGAUGUGAUGCAUGUAGCAGCUGUAAAGAGAGGGUUCCUGUACAUGCAAUUAGUGUGUGCAGGAACCCUAAGAGUUACUUUACAGAUAUAUUUCAUUUUUUCCUGAUUUUAAAAAGCAUGAAAUACUUUCAGAAGUAUAAAAACCAAACCUUGAUUUACAAUGUACUAAGUUGAAACAAUGUUGAGCAAAUGUGCUUUUUAUCAUUUCAGGUUUGCAAAACUGAGGGCCCGAGACAAUAGUUUAUAGAAAUGGGUUACGGGGUGAAAAAAAAAAAAAAUGCCACACCUGUUUCAUGCAUAAACUUUAGACCUACAGUGUUUCUCAACUCCAAGUGCAUCUGCCUCAGGUGUAAUGUAACGAUACCGUUACAGCGCCACAUCAUGGCCUAGCAUAAUGACUUUAACGUUUAGGCUAUUUAGUGCAUUUUCAUGUGAAUGAAGACAUUUACAGAAUCAAUGUAAUGUUUAAGGAGAUGGAUUAGAUUUUUAAUGAUAGGCUCUAGGAAAUUUGUAUCAAUAAUGGUUCCCUUACUAGAAGAAAGAUGACAUAUCAAAGUGAGUUUGUGGAAUAGUAAAGAGAUCUUAAAAAAAAGUGGAUUGGAAGACUAACAGCCAGUCAGAUAGACCUCAUUUUAAGCCAUGUUAGCACUAGUACGGAGCCUGCGAGGGGAUAUGGGGGAAUUUUUUUUCUUUUGCGUCCCUAUGCGAUACUUUUGCCUUCACUCGCAAUACUUUUGCGUUCGGUCACAAAAGUUGUUAAUCACCUUGAGAAAGCUGUGCAUUUUGGAACAGCAGCACAUUUCACAAACUGCUCACAAAACAAACAGCACUGAUAUGGC